CCUCCAUUAUUAGAUGCAACAAACCAUGACGAUGCUGUCACGUCUGGUUCGUAAGCGGCGGCGGAGGUCUACAGAGUGGAUCUCUGCCACAGCGAUGGCGAAGACGGCGAUACUGGCAGCAGCAGCAGUGCUCGCGCUCAUGGCGAGUCCGGUGGGGGCCAUCUUUGGAAUUGGCGAUAAAAGAUUCACCUACGAAGGACUCAUCGACGCUGGCUCACUGGGCAUGGACGACGUCGACGGACAGGUCGUGGCCUUUGGCGACUUCAAUGGCGAUUCUUUCAUUGACGCCUUUGUGCUCUCGCAGGAUCGGAAGCGCAUCGAUGUGCGUCUGUGGGACCACAACAAUUUCCGCUUCUCCAAGCCGCAGGCCGAUGGCGUAUCUUCGAUCCAAAUGCCAGACAAGCUGACAGUCUCCAACGUCGUGCCGGCCGACUUCAACUUCGACGGCAAGCUUGACGUCCUCGUCAUGAUGUUUGACGAGACGCCACUGCAGCCGCUCAAGAACUUGGCACUGAGGCAGGGGAUCUGGCUUGCAGAUUUGGAUGGGCGCUUCGAGAAAGGUUACCAAGAGACCAACCAGUCGACGUAUGCACACCCGAUCUUGCUCGACUCCACAGGAGACAUGCGACCAGACCUUCUUGGCCACUCGCAUGAGGCAGAGGGCAUUCUGAGCACCUGGACAAACACUUGGAAAGAGUCCAAUGGGACAAGAAUGUUCUCAGUUGCGCCGGCGCCAUUGAACGGCGACGAGCGCUUGCCGAGCCCAAAGUGCCGACUUGAUACCCCUCACUCGUCAGCAUUUGUCGACAUGGAUGGAGACUGCCUCGCAGAUCUCUUUCUCGACUGCGAGAGCGGACCAUUCUCAGGUCGCUCUUACGAAAUCUGGACGGCUGACAAGGAGAAAGCUAGUUCUGGAAAAAAGGAUACAAAUUCAACAAGCCCUGGCUACUCCUUUGCGAGGAAAGGCAACCUUCCAAAGGGAACGGGCGCCCUUACAUUUGCUGACAUGGAUGGGGAUGGCACCAUCGAUGUCGUCUUUCCAACCUGUGACGAUGAGGGCAGGGGAGAAUGCUACAUCAACAUCGCGUACAAUCGUCAGAUCCCGCUCUGCUCCAACAAGCAUCAGGGCUGGUUCGGGGUUGGGCCCGGAGAACCUCCCGCGACGAAGUCAAAGGCCAAAUCAGCCUCUGCCUCCACGAGCGCAAGAGCUGCGAAGCCUACGUGCCGCGACCCUGAGGCGAACCUGUGCACGGCUGACAGCGACUUUCUCUUCAACUUUGAUACGACUCGGCAGAACGAUGAUUUCCUCAGGCUGCCAAUUUCGGCGAUUGUGCCCGAGAAUCGAAUCCUGCAGUCGGAUGAUUUGCUGAUCCAGCCACUUCCCGUACCACUGUCCAUCGGCGACUUCAACAAGGAUGGCUUCCCCGACCUAGCCAUCAUUACCGUGCCGACGAAAAAGUCAAAGGCAGACGAGACCCGAGUACGGCUCUUGACGAGUGUGUCGUGCGAGGGCAGAGGACCGCCAAAGCCAGGUUGUCCCGAUGAGCCGGAGAAGAGAGCGGGUAGGCGGACGUUCGAGAUGCUGUCGACAAAGGUUGAUGCCAUCGAAGGGAUCAAUGAUGCGCGCAGCAUCUCCUUUCUCGACAUCGACGAGGACGGCUCGCUCGACAUGAUGAUACAGCGACUCCCGCUCUCUGGUGCGACGAUGGAUCGGCGUCGCGUUUCCUUCAUUCAGAACAACUUCUUCUACGAUGCAUUUAUGCUCAAGGCCAUCACGCUCAACGGCGCCUGCUCGAGCUACUGUGAACCUGCUCAAGGCGAAAAGUACAAGCCAUCGGGCGUCAACUAUGCCGGUGCCUCGUACAAAUUCACUGUUCUUGACACAAACGGCAACCGAAGAGCGCAGCAAGUUGGCCAGCUGGCCCAGACAUCGUUUCGGGCGCUCCUGACCCCGUACUCAUUCUUUGGGCUGGGAAGGACUAACAACUACGUCGAGUCGCUUUUUGUCGGCUCGACGCGCAGGCAGCAGGACAACUACCUGGAAAUGGAGGGCGUCAUUCCCAACAGUCAGGUCGUCAUUCUGCCCUGGCAACAGGGACAGCCUGGCGAUCCUUCGACGUGGAUCAAGGAGCUGUACCUCUCGCCAGGCGACUGGAUCCCGAUUGUCACUGUCGUCCUCGUGACCAUCGUCGUCAUCCUGUUGGGCUUUGUCUUUGUUCUGCACUUGCACGAGCGGCGCGAAGACGAACGAGAGAGAAAACGAGCAGUUCACGCGAUCAACUUCGAUGCACUCUAGUGUCUGGUUCUUUCAGUACUACUAUACGAUGCUAGCACAUGGGAGAAGAAGAGUGAAGAGAGAGGGAAGAGGGCUUCCACGUGGGUAUAUUGAGCCUCUUCCAGAGUGCAUAACAUGAAGGAAGCAGGGAGUGGUAGGAGACGGUGGAUGGUAGAACAUCUUCCUUUCCUUUUUUUGGGGGUUGUUGAGCCUGUGCCUGAGUGCAAUUGCGCCGUUGAUAGCCAUCACAUGAUGACACAUUUUUUCCGAUCCCGUCUCCCCUCCUUGUGUUUGCCGCCAGAGGAAGAGCCAUUGAGCAUCUCAAAUGCCCGGCACUGUCUCACAAUGUCGGCAAAGACCUCGUCGACGUUGAUGCGCUUGCGGGCCGAUGUCUCAUAGUAGGGCACGUUUCCCC